GUACUUACCCGCGGCAAUGUCAAAGAGCGUAAAAGAGACUGUUAUAGGUCCCAAGCGGUAUUCGAGACAUAUUUUACCUUCUCUCAGCUAAAGCUUUUAUGUGAGAGUUUUGCUAACCAGUGUGCCCAUUUACAUGUACAUUAGCACUAAAAAAGGAUCAUUGAUUCACUGUCCAGUACAUAUGUUGUUUUGACAUCGGCAUCGUUUAAUUGCUGAAGUGCUCGUUAAUCUGGAAAUAUAAAAUCAAAAUGUAAUCUGUUCUAAAUUGCACAAAACAUUUAAAUACUAUACACGUCACCGUUUCUCAGCACAACGAUGGCAUCGUUGAAAAGUGAGCCUCUGCUGCGGAGUUUGAUAACUAAUACAAACUUAAGCGAUUCACAUUUUGAUCCUGUUAUUGACAAAAUUAAGAUGGAUGGUACGAUGGAACCGCUACGACCAGCUAGUACAGAAGAAAUAAAACAACUCAUUGAAAACUACCAGGAAAAUAUUCCAGAACAUGUUCAGUUUGUGUUAAUAUUGCAAAACAUUUUGCGAAUGAACACAACAAUUCCUGAGCAUAUUCGCGAAGAAGUAUCGCAUAGAGUACAAAAGACGGUUUACAUUCCAACAGGAGGAAAUUUCAACCAAAGUGCCACGUUUGUAGCCAUCAGUCGUGAGGAGGAUUUAUACAUCAUGGCUCAUUCACUAGAAUCGCCUCCCUAUGAGUUAUGUAACGCAAUUCGAACAACUAAAUACAUUAAGUGGGAUCUGAAACCUGUCUUUGUCAUUGGUGGUGCAAAAGAACUUCAAACCGAAAUCCACCACAAGGCAUUCGAGUUUAAACUUAAAGUACAUACAUCUGAUUUCAUUAAUUACUGGAUUCCGCCAAAUGAAGUCUCUAAGCUCGAAGUUGUUGUUCCAAACGAGGUACAGCUAAAACCAUUAGAAAAAAUGCAUGGAGAACAAAUAAACGAAUGGUGGCCAUAUCGUUACAAAACAUCGCAAAGCUAUAUUGAAUCGGCAAUUCAAUAUAAUGGAAGUCUCGGUUUAUUCGACAAAGUAUCGGGAAACCUCGUGGCUUGUGUAUUUAAAAAUGAUCUCGAUGGUAUCGCUCAUCUGUACACAGUUCCACAUUGUAGCAAUAGAGGCUAUGGUAGUACGUUAGUCAAAGCAAUGACACAUCUUAUAGCACAUGACCAUAAACAGCAUGUGCAAACAUUCAUUAACUCAAAUAAUGAAAAGUCAAUCCGAAUAUUUGAAAAACUUGGAUUUCUACCAGUCAACAACAUACAAUGGUCAGUCAUCGAUUAAAUUUAACUCACAAACAUCGACAAAAUUGCGUAACUUUCACAUGCAAAACAAUAUAAUUACUGAAUUAUCUACCUACAAUACGAUACCUAUAUGCGUAUGCCCAUAUCUAGAACACCACUCAUCUUAUCAUCUUUACUGUUUUGAAAUCAACUUGAGCUAAUUUACAUUUCACAUAUGAAUUCAAUACAAAAUAAAACCAAAUGCUAUCACAUAAUCUAAUAUCAAGAAAAAGGAGGAUUGUACAGACACUGGCUUUAAGAGGAGAACAAAAAGUCUACUAUUAUAUUUCAUGUCCAAACUCAUAGUUCCAACUCAAUAAUAAUUUUGCCAAGUAAGGGUCCUUUCAAGAUGCUAGCCAGCUUUUUUAUAUAGAGAUUGAUGUUUUGCGGCUGAAAUCAGUUGUUGACAACUCCAUACAAAACCACGCACACAACUAGCCUACGAUUUUCAGUCUAAAUUAUUUCAGCCUCAAAGUUAGAAUCAGAUUUGAGUACCAGCUCGUAAAAAUGUCAAUACAAGGUUUUUUUCUUCAUCCCAAAGUGCAUUAAAGAGAUCGAGAGGUAGAAUCUAGAAUAAAAAUGUAUGUAGACUAAUAAACUAAUAAAACUAAUUUGUGAAUAAAAAAAAAUGGGUGAAAUGAAUUUCCAUAGGAAUUGAACGUUUUCCAUAGCAGCAAAUACGUAAUAGAUAUUGGUUUCCUUAUCAAAGAUGUUGUUUCGAAUCAAAAAUGGAUGUUAAAUCGUUCAUAUUUAAUUCAGCUUACAAAUUGCAGUAUUUCACGUGUUUGAAGUACUUUUAGUAAAGAAGACGUAGAUUUUAAGAGUGUUUUGUGUAUGCGUCAAGGUACCAUUUCUGUUAAAAAGUGACCUUUACAUUUUGUUAUAAAAAACAGGCUAUGAGACCACCUGGCUGGAACGUUGGAAAUUUGUAUACAGAGAUUGACAGAUGUAUCCCACAAUGUCACCCAGUAGAAGCAAUAAAAAUCAACCUUCUAAAUACAUACACUUUUUUAUAAGCCCACUUACCCAGUUUUAUAGCUGCUCGAAUACUAGUAUACAAUUCAAAGAGACGAAAACGACGAGAGACGUUUUAACGAAAAAUAAUAUAUAUUCCACGAGUAGCUCCUUUGCAUUUGCUGUUUAUCUUUUUACAAAUAUUAAGUAGUCGCAUAACUUGGUUUAGAUGUUUAAAAAAUUUUAUUCUUAGAUUUUAUUGAACUUUUAGCUCCACUCAAUGAAUUACACACUUUGAGAUUCCCGAAUGGUGUCUGUGCAUUAUCAUGUUCAAGCGACAGUGAAAUACUUGAUGGUUCAUUUGUUUUAUACAGUUGGCCUGAUUAUCUUAUCACGAAAAAUACCAAAUAUUAACCUUUAACCUCUUAUAUUAUCUUAGCUUAGCAUUGUUGUUUUUUUUUUGUGUAGCUAGUUGUGUGUAACAGUAGAUAAUAAUUAAACGUGUAUUGACGCUUUGUGCGUUGAUUAAAGAAGAUUUGUGAUGUGAACAAGAAGCGGAAGAUUUUGAUUUCGAAUUGAUCGUGCAAAUAAUAUUAUCACAUGAUAUUUCGUAUCACUCAAACAUGUGUUUGGGGUUUGAGUGGGAGCGACAAAUAAGUGGUACUCUCAGUUUAUUUCGGUCAUCGACACAAUCAAGACGGACUGUGUAAUGGAUCCGUUACGUCCAGCAAACAUGGAGGAAUUGAAACAUCUCAUUCGCAUCUACAAUCAAUUUCUUCCACAGUCGAUACAGUUUGUGUCACUAUUGCAAAAUAUUUUACGUACCAAUCUCACACUUCACGACACUGAUAAGGAGCAAGUCUCCCAUCGACUACAAAAAACUGUUUACAUUCCCAACAAUGAGAAAGGAAAUCGUUUGGCAACCUUUGUAGCCAUCAGUCGUGAAGAGGACCUAUACAUCUUUAUAAAUACAUUCGAAGAUCCCCCUACGGAGCUUACGCACGCUCUCGAGCACACCACUUACAUUAAAUGGGAAAUAAAGCCUAUGUUUGUGAUAGGUGAUAACAGUGAAAUUCGUGCAAAGCUGUCUCAGUUAAUAGUGGAACCUAAAGUUCAGUUCAAAAGUUCGUCAGAUUGUGUUAACUAUUGGAUGCCACAAACAGAAGCUGCUAAGCUUAGUUAUAUCGUUCCAGCCGACGUAAAUUUAAAGCCAUUACAAGUUCAACAUGCCAAACAAUUAAACGAAUGGUGGCCAUAUCGCUACAGGACAUCGCAGCAGUACUUCGAAUCUGCCAUUAAAUAUUUCGGGGCUUUCGGUUUGUUUGA